UUUGAGGUUAAAGUUUGAUGAAAUGAAAAGUGCCAAUGAAAGUGCCAUUUUUCUCGAAUUUUAAUUGAAAAUGCCUUUCCAUUUAAAUGAAAUGUUAUGAAACAAUCCAAUUAGAUUCUUAUAAGUCCAGAAUAUGGCUGGAUAUAGCUUAGAUACUUAUAAUGUUAUUAUAUUGUGACUAAACACAGUAGCUACACUCUAAAAAUGCCGACAUUCCUGACACCAGGAAGGCAUGGCUACAGUGUGCGAUUCUCAAGGACAAGACCUGAUGCUCUAGCAGUAGCUACCAGUCAGUAUUAUGGUCUAGCUGGUGGAGGAACACUGUUCUUCUUAGAGAUAGCUCCAGAUGGAACAACCAUACUUGAAUUACAAAAACUUGAAUGGACUGAUGGGUUAUUUGAUGUUACGUGGUCGGCGAGUGCGGAGGGCGUGGCCGCCUGCGGGGCGGGAGACGGCAGUGUGACGGUAUGGCGCGCGGGUUGUGCGGCCCCGCUGCGAGUGCUGCGCGCGCACCGCGCCGAGGUCGGCUCCGUGGACUGGCUGCGGUCGCAUUUACUGAGUGCCAGCUGGGACACUACCGUCAAACUGUGGGAUCCGGAGGGUGAGACGUGCGUGAACACUUUCGCGGGUCACUCGCAGCUGGUGUACGCGGCGACUUUCUCCCCACACUCUUCCGCGACCUUCGCUUCCGUCUCCGGUGACGGACACCUCAAGCUGUGGUCGUGCACCGAGUCUUCCAGGCCUGCCGCCGCGGUCAAAGCACACGAUGCUGAGGUGUUGUCAUGCGACUGGAGUAGAACAGAGAGUCAUGUGUUGGCCACGUCCGGUUCUGACGGCCUCAUACGAGGCUGGGAUCUGAGAAGACUGACGGCUCCCAUGUUCACAUUAAAAGGCUGUGAGUGUGCUGUGAGAAGGAUACAGUUCUCGCCGCACGCGCCUGCGGUCAUAGCCGCCGUGUCCUACGACUUCACCACGAGGAUAUGGGACAUAAAGCGAGGCUGCGAUCCUCUGGAGACUAUCAGGCACCACUCGGAGUUCACAUACGGGCUCGACUGGAACACGCUGCGGCCGCACCAGCUCGCUGACUGCGGUUGGGACUCCCUGGUCCACGUGUUUAUACCCCGUAGUUUGGUGUGAACUGAGCACAAAACCAGCUUAAGAAUGUAAAAGAAGUCAUCGUAUCCAGCCAAGAGAUGUAGGCGACGAAAUAAGUAUUAAUGACUGGUUAAUGUCAUGUGUUAUAAACAUUUUAAAUUGUAUAAAGCGAGGGUAGUUGUAUAUAUUAUAAAUAUACUUGGACUUGAUUCUCAUGGUGAUAGUCAUAGAUUUUAUUUAGCCAUUCUCCUAAUUCACUUCUGAUAAUAUAUAAAUGUCUAAAUUAAAAAUAAUUUAUUUGAUAUCCAAAAAAUAUAUAAGAGUGCAUAAAAGCACUCCCAAAUAUAAAUUAUGAGAUUAUUUUAGUAAUUGUAGAAUUUUCGUACUAAGUAUCAAUUUUCUGUUAUUAUUCACCCUUUUGUUAAACAUCUGCUUUAAAAUAUUUUUCUUUAUUAUAUAUUGAACGCGAUGUUGGCUCAAAUAUUGUACAUAGCUGUAUAGUCGUUCUGCCUACAAUAUAAUAUAUAAUCAAAUGUUAUCUUUCCCUAUAUACAAAUGUUAUUUUUUAGAGACUAUAAUAAGGUUAAUUAUUGUAACCGAAAGAGGUACUGGAGCCCUAUUACCAUAAUCGAAAUAUGAAAUUUCGGUUGACGAAUCGUACAUUUUGUUAUUAGGAAAGUGUUUCGGAUCCGAAGAUCGAUACAAAGUUCGCGAUUAUUUUCUCUUUCGUUUAUCUUAUUCCCAAAUUCAUUUGACAUAUACAAUUUUGUUGUUGGACAUUAUUAUGAUCGUAACUACAACGUUCUGUCCAUCCGUACGAAAUCCAUUCGUACUAUUCGCAUCCGACGUACUUUGGUAAGAAGAUUUAAUUCACAGUUCGUCGUUCUUUCGUUUCGGACCGAAACUUCGGCUUUCGAUUUUGGUAAUUGACCUUGUCUUUUAUGUUCGGAUUUUUAAGAGCAAAUACAAUCCAUCCUUCCGUAGCAAAGCCAGUAAUACUCUUAUGAUUCUUUUGGUUUAAAGAUAUGACCAGGAUUGCUUUUUCUUUUUCAUCAUAAAAAUAAUAUGGUCAGUGCUUUAGAUAAUUUAUACGUCUUAGAUAGAGCCUCUUGCUGCUAGACAACCGAUAAAAACAGGCCAGGUGUAUUACUUUAGUGUGCGUGACAAGCAAUUUGUCUCUUUGUGUUAGUGUGCGUGCAUUGCUCAAAAUAGAGGUUAACUGUCAACCAUUUUUUUCGAUAUUUUCACAGCUGUCAUAGUCUAUCUAGACAUAUAAAUGAUCUAAUGUCGGUGCUUGUUUAACCACACUCAAAAGGAAGAUUUUUCUACUAAGUUAUUUUUUUUUCAUGAGCGUCACUUGAGUUAAAGGAAGUAAAAAUUCAGUGAGAUUACAGUAUUAUUUUUAUACAGUAGGGCCCAUUUAGGUCGAAGUUCAAUAUGGGGCCUCCUAUUACAAAUAUUCCAUGCUUAAAGGAAACUCUCAACACUAGUGUUUUACGUGUUUGCAUAAUCUUAUAACAAUCUUUAAUUUCAAUUUCACAAGUCGGAAACAGUAUAUUCAGUAUCAUAUAAGUUGAACAAAUAUUUCCUUCCCUUAAAGUAACGAUACUUCCAUUGCUCAAAUUCUAUUCCAUCUAUAAGUUAAGUAAUCUUUUAUUGCUUAUAAACUAUUUAAUUACAUAAAUUUCCCCCUGAACUCGAUUAAUGUAACUCUAAACUAGUCCUAGUUCACAAUCGCCAUUUUCCGCAUCUCCUUUCAAAUUCUCUUCAGACGUUUUACUCUUAGAUAAAUUAUACGUCUAGUCUCUUGCUGUUGGACAACCGAUAAAAACAGUCCGGGUCGACUUUAGUGUGUGUGACAAGCUAAAUCUUACACUCGCGAUUUGUAUGACACUGUGUUAGUGUGCGUGCUUUGCUCAUACUAAAACACAAUUUUCGACGUAUUCACAGCUGUCAUAGUCUGUAGAGUGUAGACGUUUAAAUGAUCUAAGGUUCUACUGUAUUCGUAUAUUUUAUUUAAUAAAGGUUCAUGUAAGAAACACAGGCAAAUGUAAUGGCGUUACGAAGAAUUCUUGGGGAAUUAUUUUCUAUUCCAUCUUAUUCCUAGUAUCAUAACGAAUUUGAUGUAUUAUAAGCAUUUCGUAAUUAAGGUCUGUUUUUUGUAUAUUUCGGUGAUAUUGUUAUUAGGUUUAAGGUUAUGUUAUGUGUAUUAAUUUACCAAUGCAUUAAAAUAUAUCCGAAUUUAUAA